GGAAAGGGAGGAGAGCAGAGCGUGGUUAAAGAAAUCUACUCAAUAAGGCAAGUGCAACAUUCAAGUUUGGACUGGGUUGUUGUUAUGAAUAUUUGUGUUGACAGUUUUUGAUUCAGGAGAGGUGAAGACAGUUUCAGGAUCAAGAUAAAAACGGACCAAAAUGUAGUUUUCUCACAAGGCGAUCCCCGUUAUAGCAGCAUGGAUGUGGGUACAGGCAGAGGAGUGCUACCGGGGACAAGGCCAUGAGCGGGAAUGGAGGGCAAAUCUGAAAAGGAUCCAUUUGCGGGGAGAAAAUAGAUUGUCGCCAACUACGCUGUCGCUGAAAACUCUGGAUUUUGGUGAUUUGACACUAUGUUUACUUCACUGAAGGCGGAUGCCAUUUUGUACAACCGACAUGUUUUGACUGUUAACAUAAAAGACCCGGACAAAUAAACCAGUCAUGUUUAAACGGUGGCUGUUGGCCUUGGUCACUCGGGUUGGCCUCAUUGUUUUGGCCUUCGCAUGCUGUCUCGCUCUGGCCUACUUCCUUGCGUGUAAACCUGCCAGCACUCGCCACUCCUCCUUGUGGUCUAGCGGGAGUACUGCAUCCAAGGAGCGUUACCUGGCUCUGCUCCAAGAGAGGGAGGAUUCGCAUAGACAUUAUGUAAACAGCUUGAAUAAACAGAUAUCUGAACUGAAGGGGGCGCUAGAGGAGAGGACACAGCAGCUACAGGAGGCUCUGGACAAGGCCAAAGCUAAAGGGAUUCUUCCUCUGGGUCUGGAGAGUCUGAACAAACGACCGACACAGAUCGACCUAAAGGAGUUCUUCCGCUCACAGCUGAACCAGGCUGAGGUCAACAAUGGGGUCAAAGUGUCCAGUGAAUUUGAAGUCAUCCCCUACGAUGCCUUCACCCUGCAGAGGGUGUACCAGCUGGAGACCGGUCUGACCAAGCACCCAGAGGAGCGUCCCGUGAGGAGGGACCGUCGUGACGAGCUGAAUGGAGCUGUGGAGUCUGCUCUGCACGUACUCAAUGGACCUCUGCAGCACACAGACCCCAGCAGGAAGAAGACCACCUUCUCCCCAGCAGACUUUAUACAGGGUCUGACCCGUACAGAGAGGGACAGGGGCACAGUGUAUGAGCUGGUGUUUAAAGGAGAUUCACCACAGGACUUCACAGAGCUGGUUCUUUUCAGGCCCUUUGGUCCCGUCCUGAAGGUCCGCAGUGACAGAGUGGACACGAGCAGCAUCCUCAUCAACAUUGUUGUCCCCCUGUCCAAGAGGCUGGACACUUUUCGGCAGUUUAUGAGCAACUUCAGGCGGGUGUGUAUCCAGCAGGACAGGCAUGUCCAUCUCACUGUGGUCUACUUUGGACGGGACCAGAUCCAUCAGAUUAAAGCCGUCAUAGACCAGACCACCAGAGAGACUCACUUCAGGAGUUUCACACUGAUCCUUCUGAAUGAGGAGUUUUCUCGGGGGCGGGGUUUAGAGGUGGGUGCGCGGGCGUGGAGGCGGAGCCAGAACAUCCUGCUCUUCUUCUGUGACGUUGACAUUCACUUCACCGCAGACUUCCUCACAUCCUGUCGGCUAAACUCAGAGCCCGGUAAGAAAGUCUACUACCCUGUUCUCUUCAGCCAGUACAACCCUGCCAUUAUCUACAGCAAUCAGACUCAGCCUCCUCCGCUCCCACAACAGCUGGUGAUCGAGAAGGAGUCUGGGUUCUGGAGAGACUUCGGAUUUGGCAUGACAUGUCAGUACAGAUCGGACUUCCUCAACAUAGGUGGGUUUGACCGCAGAAUCAAAGGCUGGGGUCUUGAGGACGUGCACUUGUAUAGGAAGUACCUGCACAGUAAACUAAUGGUGAUCAGAGCGCCCUCCCGUGGCCUCUUCCACCUAUGGCAUGAGAAGACAUGCGCGGACGAGCUGCCCCAGGACAAAUACAAGAUGUGUAUGCAAACCAAAGCCAUGAGCGAGGCGUCUCACGGCCAGCUGGGGGCGCUCUUAUUCAGACAACAGAUUGAGGCCCAUUCAAAGCUGCAAAAAGGGAAACAUUUAUGAAGUAUGGUUGGAGAAGGAGUAAGAUACUGUGAAAUAAAAUGUACUGCAAUGGUAAAUUUAUAGUUAAAGGUCCUAUAUUAUGCAAAAUAGAUUCUUGUGAGCUUUAAGUCAUGUUAGACUGUGGUUACCUGAUCAAAAACAUACCUGGAGUUGUGUUUUAUUUCAAGGAACAAAGUGGUUUCUGUUUGAAAGAAGGUGGUUUGUAUGUUAACAAGUGUGAAUGAAAUAAAGCACAACCCCUGGGAUGUUUUUGAUGGAGAUACAACAUUGUAACAGAUCAGAAAACACCGUAAUAUGGGCCCUUUAACUUUUUACUGAGUCACAAAUUAAUUAUAUUAUAUUUUAUGGCUAUUAAAUGGUAUAGUGUGUACAAUU